AACACUUCCUCUGCAUCUGGAUAUGAAGGGAGACCCAGAAAAGCGGAAGAGCUAGCAGCCUACGGGGUUGCACGGGGCAUGGAGCUGGAGAACUAUGAUCAGUCCGUGGUUCUGAGGGAGGACAACCGCCGCCGGCGCCGGAGGAUGAAGCCUCGCAGCACCGCGGCCAGCCUGUCCUCCAUGGAGCUCAUCCCCAUCGAGUUCGUGCUGCCCACUAGCCAGCGCAACAGCAAGAACCCCGAAACGACGCUGCUGCACGUGGCCAGCCACGGCAAUGUGGAGCAGAUGAAGGCCCAGAUUUGGCUACGUGCGCUGGAGACCAGCGUGGCCGCUGACUUUUAUCACCGGCUGGGCCCGGACCACUUCCUCCUGCUUUACCAGAAAAAAGGGCAGUGGUACGAGAUCUAUGACAAGUACCAGGUGGUGCAGACCCUGGACUGUCUGCGUUACUGGAAUGUGCUGCACCGGAGCCCCGGCCAGAUCCACGUGGUGCAGCGGCACGCACCCUCGGAGGAGACACUGGCGUUCCAGCAGCAGCUCACUGAGCUGAUAGGCUAUGACGUCACCGACGUCAGCAACGUCCACGACGAUGAACUCGAGUUCACGCGGCGCCGCCUGGUCACCCCGCGCAUGGCGGAAGUGGCGGGCCGUGACCCCAAGCUUUAUGCCAUGCACCCCUGGGUCACGUCCAAGCCCCUCCCGGAUUACCUGUCCAAGAAGAUUACCAACAAUUGCAUCUUCAUUGUCAUUCACCGCGGCACCACCAGCCAGACCAUCAAGGUCUCGGCGGAUGACACUCCAGGCACCAUCUUGCAGAGCUUCUUUACCAAGAUGGCCAAGAAAAAGUCUCUGAUGAAUAUUCCAGAAAGUCAAAAUGAACAGGAUUUUGUGCUGCGUGUCUGUGGCCGGGAUGAGUACCUGGUGGGUGAAACUCCCAUUAAAAACUUCCAGUGGGUGAGGCACUGCCUCAAGAAUGGGGAAGAGAUUCACCUGGUGCUUGAUGCGCCCCCUGACCCAGCCCUGGAUGAGGUGAAGAAAGAAGAGUGGCCACUGGUGGAUGAUUGCACGGGAGUCACCGGCUACCAUGAGCAGCUGACGAUCCACGGGAAGGACCACGAGAGCGUAUUCACCGUGUCUCUGUGGGACUGUGACCGGAAGUUCAGGGUCAAGAUCAGAGGCAUUGACAUCCCUGUCCUGCCCCGGAACACUGACCUCACAGUUUUUGUGGAGGCAAACAUCCAGCAUGGGCAGCAGGUCCUUUGCCAGCGGAGAACCAGCUCCAAACCUUUCACAGAUGAGGUUCUCUGGAAUGUGUGGCUGGAGUUCGGUAUUAAGAUCAAAGAUUUGCCCAAAGGGGCUCUACUGAACCUCCAGAUCUACUGCGGCAAAGCUCCAGUACUGUCUGGCAAGGCCUCUGCGGAGGCUCCCAAUUCUGAGUCCAAAAGCAAAGCUCAGCUUCUCUAUUACGUGAACCUACUGCUGAUAGACCACCGGUUCCUGCUGCGCCACGGGGAGUAUGUCCUGCACAUGUGGCAGAUAUCAGGGAAAGGCGAGGAUCAAGGGAGCUUCAAUGCUGACAAACUCACAUCCGCAACUAACCCAGACAAGGAGAACUCAAUGUCCAUCUCCAUCCUUCUGGACAAUUACUGUCACCCAAUUGCUUUGCCUAAGCAUCGGCCCACCCCGGACCCCGAGGGAGACCGGGUUCGCGCAGAAAUGCCCAAUCAGCUUCGGAAGCAACUGGAAGCCAUCAUAGCCACUGAUCCCCUUAAUCCUCUCACAGCCGAGGACAAAGAAUUGCUCUGGCAUUUCAGAUAUGAAAGCCUUAAGCACCCGAAAGCAUAUCCUAAGCUAUUUAGCUCAGUAAAAUGGGGACAGCAAGACAUUGUGGCCAAAACCUACCAAUUAUUAGCCAGAAGGGAAGUCUGGGAUCAAAGUGCUUUGGAUGUUGGGUUAACAAUGCAACUCCUGGACUGCAACUUUUCAGAUGAAAACGUAAGAGCCAUUGCAGUUCAGAAACUGGAGAACUUGGAGGAUGAUGAUGUUCUGCAUUACCUGCUACAGUUGGUCCAGGCUGUGAAAUUUGAACCAUACCACGACAGUGCCCUUGCCAGAUUUCUGCUGAAGCGUGGUUUGAGAAACAAAAGAAUCGGUCACUUCUUGUUUUGGUUCUUGAGAAGUGAGAUAGCCCAAUCCAGGCACUAUCAGCAGAGGUUUGCUGUGAUCCUGGAGGCCUACCUGAGGGGCUGUGGCAUGGCCAUGCUGCAUGACUUCACCCAGCAAGUCCAGGUCAUCGAGAUGUUGCAGAAAGUCACCAUUGAUAUUAAAUCCCUCUCUGCAGAGAAGUAUGAUGUCAGUUCCCAAGUUAUUUCACAACUUAAACAAAAGCUUGAAAACCUGCAGACUUUGAAUCUCCCAAAAAGUUUCAGAGUUCCGUAUGAUCCUGGACUGAAAGCAGGAGCCCUAGUGAUUGAAAAAUGUAAAGUCAUGGCCUCCAAGAAAAAGCCCCUGUGGCUUGAAUUUAAAUGUGCUGACCCUACAGCUCUAUCUAAUGAAACAAUUGGAAUCAUCUUUAAACAUGGGGAUGAUCUACGCCAAGACAUGCUUAUUUUACAGAUUCUACGAAUCAUGGAGUCCAUUUGGGAGACUGAAUCUUUGGAUCUGUGUCUCUUGCCAUAUGGUUGCAUUUCAACUGGUGACAAAAUAGGGAUGAUCGAAAUCGUGAAAGAUGCCACAACAAUCGCCAAAAUUCAGCAAAGCACAGUGGGCAACACAGGCGCAUUUAAAGAUGAAGUCCUGAAUCACUGGCUCAAAGAAAAAUGUCCUAUUGAAGAAAAGUUUCAGGCAGCUGUGGAGAGAUUUGUUUAUUCCUGUGCUGGCUACUGUGUGGCAACCUUUGUUCUCGGAAUAGGUGAUAGACACAAUGACAAUAUUAUGAUCACAGAGACAGGAAACCUAUUUCAUAUUGACUUUGGACACAUUCUUGGGAAUUAUAAAAGUUUCCUGGGCAUUAAUAAAGAGCGAGUGCCAUUUGUGCUGACACCAGACUUCCUGUUUGUGAUGGGAACUUCUGGAAAGAAGACAAGUCUACACUUCCAGAAAUUUCAGGAGGUCUGCGUUAAGGCUUAUCUAGCACUUCGCCAUCACACCAACCUGCUGAUCAUCCUGUUCUCCAUGAUGCUGAUGACAGGAAUGCCCCAGCUAACAAGCAAAGAAGACAUUGAAUACAUUCGGGAUGCCCUAACAGUGGGGAAAAAUGAAGAGGAUGCAAAAAAGUAUUUUCUCGAUCAGAUCGAAGUUUGCAGGGAUAAAGGAUGGACUGUGCAGUUUAAUUGGUUCCUCCAUCUUGUUCUUGGCAUCAAACAAGGAGAGAAACAUUCAGCCUAAUACUUGGAGCUAUUGACUCAACAAACAAGUCAACAUUCUAAUGCUUUAAAUUAGUGCAUCAAUCAUUGACCUUAUAUUUUAAAUGUAAUAGGACAUUAUAAAAGCUGGCACUUCAAAAGUAUAGCUCUUUUUGUAGAACGCUCUUCUGGGAGAAAAAAAUAUUGGCAUGGCUAAUUGUUUAAGUAAUGUUCAGUUUUGUCUUAUUUGCAGAUUUUUUUCUUCUCAUUUGUGUCACUGAUGUUGGAGAACAUUUAAACCAACUAGUCACUCCUCAUUAUGCUUGAUAUUUUGACUACCAAUAACUCAAUAAUAUUUAGAAUAAUUGAUGACAUCUAUUUUCAGCAGGGUUUUUAGUUAUCCUUGUGUUCCUUGUAUUCUUUUUUGGGGGGGAAAGAUAAUCAUCAUACUUCUCUUAAAUGAUGAUUCCAAAUAUCCUUUCAGGUUUUGUGAUCUUAGUAUGUAUACUAAAAACAGGGAAAGAGAAUGAAUCUUUUCAGUAACUUUCUUUUGUAACUAAGUUCCUUUUUAACGUACAACUGAGACACACAAUCAUGAAAUGGAAAAUCUGAACUUUUGUAGCAUGAUGCU